UACGCUGCUUCUCUCUAAACAUCACGUAUAAAAUAUGAAUUGAUAUAAAUACACAUAUGCAUGCGUAGAAACUUUGUAACCUACUCCAACAACACAAAUUAAGAUCGAAAUAAAAUGAAGGGAAGCUUGUGGUUGAUUGCUUUGUUUUUGGUUCUCUCUUUCGCGAUUUCAUCUUGUGCAUCUUCAACUUGGCCAUACCAAAUCCGCAAACUUUUGGAAAUAAGAACACCGCCAAGUGGUUCAAGACCAGCACCCCAAUUUCAUUAGCUAGCGGCAAAGAGGAGCUUUAGAGUUUCCGUCGUCUAUGUAUAUGGGUCGUGGUGGUUGAAUGCACCGAUUUGUACAUGAUGUUAAUUAUUUUAUAGUUUAUGGAAGAAACAUAAACCAGGGAAUAAUGAACAAAAAAAUGUAUUUUAAUUAAUAGAUUCCUACAUAAAUGAGCCACGAAUAAAACUAUUAGAAGUUAUAGAUUUUUACGUUACAAAGAUAAUUAGAUUCAUAUAUGCAUGGGAUCAUGAUUUUUGAAAUAAUUUCAGUUAUGGGAAAGAAAGAUGCAC